AUGUCGGCCUCCAUGAAGAAACCCUUUAUGAAGCUCACCAUCUCCCCAGGCCAAGUUUUUGGUCCUGGUGUGGACGCCAUUUUGGACCAAACGGCGAAGCUGCGGAAGGACAGAGAGACCCUGCAGUCUUUCAUGAGUCCCACGUUACCCUACCCAGAGACAAUUGCAGUCUAGACCUAAGCUCUCCCCUGCCUUGAAAGGCCGCUUGAGCCCACCCCCAAACCAGCCAUGCCCUGAUCAGCCACGUCAACAGGCUCUGGAACAGCAGUGGCGCCACCACCAGCACAGGCAGCGGCAUAACAAGCACCAACCCUCUGCUCCGAAGAAGGACGGGCCCCCUCAGUCAUCCUGAUGGGUGUGGCCCCGGCUUCGGCAAAGUGGGAGGGGCUUGUGGAGUCCCCUUGAGUGCUGGAUACAGUACUACAGGGGUACAAACUCCAGUUCUGAUGCUGGCCACCACAGUUCCGAGGGGUUUGGUCAACUACAACAGCCUACCCCAUGAAAAGAGAAGCUCUCCAACUGGAGAUUUCCUCCCUGCUGGAGAAGAAUGCAAUCAUACAACUCGAACUAUCAGAAUAGCACAGUGGGUUCUAUGGAGUAUAUUUCCUAUAGUCCCCAAGAGGGAUGGCAGCUUUCGCCCCAUUCUGGACUUGAGGCCACUCAACCGGUGCUUGAAAACCCUCCCCUUCAAGAUGCUAUCUCCAUCCCGCAUCCUACAGGCUAUCAGCCCAGGCCAGUGGUUCACCACUGUCGACCUAAAAGAUGCCUACUUCCACGUACCGAUCCACCCGGCUCACAGGAAAUUCCUACGCUUUGCCUUCAAUGGCAUAACGUACCAACACUUACCUUUCGGCCUCUCCCUGGCACCAAUAACAUAUACAAAACGCAUCGAUGGCGCUCUAGCACCCCUAACAUCACAAGGGAUGAUAGUAUUAAUUUACCUAAACGACUGGCUAAUCUGCACUCAGUCACGAGAACAGGCAGCAGCAGACACGACAUCUCUCCUGAAGCACAUCUCAGAGCUUGGCCUCAGGUUGAACAUUUAAAAAAGCCACCUGGUCCCCACACAAACUGUAAUGUUCGUGGGCAUGCAGAUCGACUCGUCUCCAAUGAGGGCUCAACUCACAGAAGAGCGAGUCCAGAAAAUUGUAGUUUACCUCAAUCCUUUUGUCCAAGACCAGAAGGUGACUGUUCUUCAGAGUCAGAGACUGAUGGGUCUCCUCUCCGCAGCCUCUCUUUUGACCCCAUUGGGCCUUCUACACUUGAGACCCCUGCAGAGGUGGUUAAAUGCUCAGGGUUUACAUCCCAAGGAACACAGGUAUUGUCGCCUGACUGUGUCCAAGGAAUGCACAAGAGCACUGGCAAGAUGGCGAUCCCUUAAAUUCCUUUCAGGCGGGAUACGCCUGGGCAAAGUCCAUUGGAGGGAACUAGUUCAAACAGACGCCUCCUUGACCGGUUGGGGAGCAGUAUUGAGGGGGAGGGCGGCCAGCGCGAUAGAGUACAUGGUAAGCCCCUCUCAAAACAAUGGUUGUCACAUUGGAUUGUACUACCUCAAGCAUUGCUAGUGGCACCAGCCCCCUCCGCACUGGGCAAAGUUGAACAGUUUAACGACUCGACCUGUUAGCUGGAACAAUUAAAGAAUGUAAUAACUAUGUUCUUCAAUUCUCUAGACACUGUGGGAGGGAGGCCAAUACAAACUCCGAAUGCUGUUCAAAGAUGACUAUCCUUCCUCGCCGCCAAAAUGUGAGUAAACCUGCACAUGGGUACCUCAAUAGGAAAGUGUUGUCACUGUCUGAUCCAUUUGUUGGCUGUUGGAUAAGAUUAUUACAUAAUAUCUAUGUGCAGUAGGGAUGUGACAAAUUGACAAUUUUUCUUAACAUUUAAACAGCCAUUUGGGGGAGAGGUCUGUUUAAACUAUUUAAAAAAUCAUAAAAUUCCACGUGUAUUCAGAUGGUCUACAUCGUGCUUCCUGCAGGGGGAGAGAGAGGAAGUUGUCAUGCUGUUCUUGCUUUCAUCGGGACCUAUUAGUGGUAGUUUUGUGAUAACUACACUUUGAUUUAUAUUUUGUGAAAAACAAAACAGUUAGGGUUUUUUCUUAACUUUAACAAUCCCAACUUUAUUUAAACAUUUUAACACCCCUAAUGUGCAGUGUGUUGUUCCUAGUAAUUUUUUAUAUCGAUGAUAAGGAAGUCAACAGAAAUCAUCUAUUCUAUUUCCUCUCAGGCAAGUUUGAGCCACCCAUUUUCCACCCCAAUGUCUACCCAUCUGGCACGGUGUGUCUUUCCAUCUUGGAGGAGGAGAAGGACUGGAGGCCAGCCAUCACCAUCAAACAGGCACAUAUAUAUAUAUACACACACACACAUAAACACACAUAAUCACACACACAAACAAUUGGAGAGGUAUCAGUGAUUUCACCGGUUUGGAGGAAUGCACGACAUUGGCUCAACAGGCAUCAAAAUACUGUAUUUUUUAUGUGGAUCAAAGCAUGGUACUCCCCGGUCGAGUGAUUGUGUUCUGAUCUGCGUUGUUUUGUAUUUCAAUCCAUUCUAAAAGCUGACUUCAUCUGUUUUGUAUUCACAGAUCCUGUUGGGUAUCCAAGAGCUUCUCAAUGAACCCAACAUCCAAGACCCAGCACAAGCAGAAGCCUACACAAUUUACUGGUGAGUUCUUCUCUUUUUGAAUGUUCUACUGUAUAAUUGAUACUGGUAAAGGGGCACUUAGUGUGCUUUAUAAGACACUUGCAAACAUACACAAUCUCACUUUGUUAAACUGAAAAGUAUAACCUUGUUAGGUGAUACUCAAUUUCAUAAUGGACUAAUCCCCCUUUGUUGCCUCUUUUAGUCAGAACAGAAUGGACUAUGAGAAGAGGGUGAGGGCGCAGGCCAAGAAGUUUGCCCCCACAUAA